AUGCAAGACGACAGCAUAGAAGCCUCUACCUCCAUAUCUCAGCUUCUAAGAGAGAGCUAUUUAGCUGAAACUAGACAUCGGGGAAACAAUGAGAGGAGUCGAGCAGAGCCUUCCUCCAGCCCUUUCCAUUAUGGCAGUCCUGGGGCUGCUGAAGGAGGAGGCCAAGAUGACCUUCCAGACCUUUCAGCCUUUCUAAGCCAAGAAGAAUUAGAUGAAAGUGUCAAUCUGGCGAGACUGGCCAUCAAUCACGACCCUUUGGAGAAAGCAGAUGAAGCUCAAGGUAGAAAACAUCUUUCUUCUGAUCAGAUGAAACACUCACCUAAAUCAAGUUUUGAGCCUAACUUCUGCCAGGACAACCCUCAAAGUCCUACCAGCUCGAAAGAGAGCCCCCAGGAGGCAAAAAGGCCACAGUAUAGUUCUGAAACCCAGUGCAAAAAAGUAUUCCUAAAUAAGGCUGCCGAUUUCAUUGAGGAGCUGUCCUCCCUUUUCAAAGCCCAUAGCUCCAAGAGGAUUAGACCUCGUGCCUGCAAAAACCACAAGAGCAAACUGGAAUCUCACAACAAAGAUACACAGGAAAACAGCUCCGGUUUCUCAGCUCUGUCAGAAAGACGAGAAAGAUCUUCUGCUCCCAUCCCUAUCCCUGUGGAUACCAGGGACAAUGAAGUGAAUCAUGCCCUUGAACAGCAGGAAGCCAAGAGACGUGAAGCUGAGCAGGCUGCCAGCGAGGCAUCUGGUGGGGAUUCCUCCCCAGGGUCUUCACCUUCAUCUUUGUACUACGAAGAACCUCUGGGCCAACCUCCCCGGUUCACUCAAAAGUUACGGAGCAGAGAAGUUCCAGAAGGAACCCGAGUACAGUUGGAUUGCAUAGUGGUAGGAAUUCCACCGCCUCAAGUCAGGUGGUACUGCGAAGGCAAAGAGCUCGAAAAUUCCCCAGACGUUCACAUCAUCCAGGCAGGAAAUCUGCAUUCGCUGACCAUUGCAGAAGCUUUUGAAGAGGACACAGGACGCUAUUCCUGCUUUGCUUCUAACAUCUAUGGGACAGAUUCAACUUCUGCUGAGAUUUAUAUAGAAGGGGUUUCUUCUUCUGACUCAGAAGGGGACCCCAACAAGGAAGAGAUGAAGCGAAUCCAGAAGCCAAAUGCGGUGUCAUCCCCUCCCACUACCUCUGCGGCCAUUCCUCCAGCAGGAACCCAAGCCCAGCCCGUUGUGUCAAUGAUCCAACAGUGUCAGAGCCCUACCAAUUACUUACAAGGAUUGGAUGGAAAACCCAUCAUUGCAGCUCCUGUGUUCACAAAGAUGCUACAAAAUUUGUCAGCUUCUGAGGGUCAGCUGGUUGUCUUUGAAUGCAGAGUAAAAGGAGCUCCAUCUCCUAAAGUUGAGUGGUAUAGAGAAGGGACCUUGAUAGAAGACUCUCCAGAUUUUAGGAUUUUACAGAAAAAACCUCGAUCCAUGGCAGAGCCAGAGGAGAUUUGCACUUUGGUCAUUGCUGAGGUGUUUGCAGAAGACUCUGGGUGCUUCACGUGUACCGCAAGCAACAAGUACGGCACCGUGUCCAGCAUCGCGCAGCUGGACGUGAAAGGAAAUGAAGACCUCAGCAAUAACGGGUCUCUUCAUUCGGCCAGCUCCACCACCAACUUGGCUAUUAUUGAGCAACAGCCAUCUCCGCCCAACCCAGAGCCUCCUUCUGUGGAACAGCCCCCAAAACCCAAACUCGAAGGGGUUCUGGUGAACCACAAUGAGCCCCGGUCAAGCUCCAGGAUUGGGCUCCGUGUGCACUUCAACCUGCCUGAAGAUGACAAGGGAAACAAAGCGUCUGAGGGUGGGAUGGCAGCCACCAGCCAGUCCAGGCCCAAUUCUUUCCAGGAGAGGUUCAAUGGACAGGCAGCAAAGAUCCAGGAGCCUUCCUCACCUGUCAAAGAGCCCCCUCCAGUUCUGGCCAAACCAAAACUCGAUUCCACUCAGUUACAACAGCUUCACAACCAAGUCUUACUGGAACAACAGCAGGUGCAAAAUUCAUCUCCUUCAUCUCCUAAGGAGUUUCCUUUCAACACAAGCACCUUCAACUCCACCGCCCUCGCGGCGGUUACAGUGUCCAACAAGCAGGUGAAGGCGCCUUCAUCACAGACAUUCAGCCUGGCCCGGCCGAAGCAUUUUUUCCCCUCCACGAGCAGCACCGCAGCACCCAUGUCCCCUCCCGGCUCUCCCGUGGUCACCUUGAGCAGCACUCCUCAAACUCUUCAGAGGACAGUGAGCAAAGAAAGCCUCUUUGUUUCUCACCCCUCCGUGCAAACCAAGUCUCCAGGAGGGGUUUCCAUCCAAAACGAGCCACUCCCUGUGGGCCCGACAGAGCCUGCGCAGCCACCACUCACAUUUUCCCUCCCCAGUGGAAACCAGUUUCAGCCCCGCUGCGUGUCCCCAUUGCCUGUUUCUCCCACCAGCCGGAUUCAGAACCCAGUGGCUUUCCUCAGCUCGGUUCUGCCUUCUCUCCCCACCGUCCCACCCACCAAUGCCAUGGGGCUGCCUAAGAGUGCGCCAUCUGUGCCAUCCCAGGGACUAAAGAAGAAAAAUACCAAGUCUCCUCAACUGGUGAACGAUGAUUACAUUCGUGAAACUAAGAAUGCAGUGAUUCUAGACUUGGGGAAAAAAAUGAAUUUCAGUGACGUCAGAUCAAACCAGCAGGAGUACAAAAUUUCAAGCUUUGAGCAGAGGCUGAUGAAUGAAAUAGAGUUUCGCUUGGAACGUACUCCUGUUGAUGAAUCAGACGACGAAAUCCAACAUGAUGAGAUCCCCACGGGCAAGUGUAUUGCUCCCAUCUUUGACAAAAGACUCAAGCACUUCCGGGUCACAGAAGGCUCUGCAGUCACAUUCACCUGCAAAAUUGUUGGGAUACCUGUUCCAAAGGUUUACUGGUUCAAAGAUGGGAAGCAGAUUUCUAAAAGAAAUGAGCACUGCAAAAUGAGGCGAGAAGGAGAUGGGACAUGUUCUCUGCACAUUGAAUCCACCACCAGUGAUGACGACGGCAACUACACCAUCAUGGCAGCCAACCCCCAGGGAAGAAUCAGCUGUUCUGGCCACUUGAUGGUACAGAGUUUGCCCAUUCGCAGUCGACUAACCUCUGCUGGUCAGUCUCACAGGGGAAGGUCCCGAGUGCAAGAAAGAGACAAAGAGCCCCUACAGGAACGCUUUUUCCGACCACAUUUCCUGCAGGCUCCUGGGGAUAUGGUAGCACACGAGGGACGCCUCUGUCGGCUGGACUGUAAGGUGAGUGGCUUACCACCCCCAGAGCUGACGUGGCUGCUCAAUGGCCAGCCUGUGCUACCAGACGCCUCCCACAAGAUGCUGGUCAGGGAGACCGGAGUCCACUCUCUGCUCAUUGACCCACUCACUCAGCGCGAUGCGGGGACCUAUACAUGUGUUGCUACCAACAAAACCGGGCAGAACUCCUUUAGUCUGGAGCUCACGGUAGUAGGAAGUUAUCGCUGUUAUCUCUGCCCUGAAGAUGAGUUGAGGCAGUCUCAGAAGGGAGCUUGGAGCUAUGUAUGCAUGCACCAGGACACAACAGGGUAUGUCUGCCUCCUCAUUCAGCCAGCCAAGAAAUCAGAUGCUGGGUGGUACACGUUGUCAGCCAAGAAUGAAGCUGGCAUCGUGUCGUGCACUGCUAGGCUGGAUAUAUACGCUCAGUGGCACCACCAGAUCCCACCACCCAUGUCCAUCCGGCCCAGUGGCAGUCGCUACGGAUCUCUCACCAGUAAAGGACUCGACAUUUUUUCUGCCUUUUCCUCCAUGGAGAGCACAAUGGUGUAUUCAUGCUCUUCUCGGAGUGUAGUGGAGAGCGAUGAACUUUAA